AUGGGAGGAACAAUUGAGAAAUUGAAAACAAUACAAAUAUUGUUGCCAAAAGUUAGUUUUUUAUGGCUCCAUUGUAUUUAUAUUGCAGUAAUGAUUCUUAUUGGCACGUUUUUAAUUUAUCUACAAAGUAAUAUUCAAUAUAUUGAUGCUUUUUUUCUUGCAACUAGUGCUGCAACGCAGGCAGGGCUUGUGACAUUGGAUAUUAAUACUCUAUCUGUUUAUCAACAAGUGGUUUUAUAUAUUAUCCCUAUGCUGACAACUCCUAUUUUUAUUCAUUCUCUUACAGCUAUUGUACGCCUUUUUCUUAUAAGGAGUAAAUUCGAUAACAUUGUCCAACAAGCGCGUACUCAGUCUUUAAGGAAAAAUCAAUGUUUAAAUAACGUAUUUAUGUCGUAUAGUGAAAUUGAGGAAAGAGGGGUUGGUGAUAGACCAAUUCAUGUUUUGCUAAGGAGAGAAAGUGUUAUAGAAAAUGAAACACAGUCAAUGCCUUUUUGCAAAAUAGGCACAUCUUUUGGGAAUAUAGUUUCUCCAAUAAGGAUGAAUGAGCUUGAAAGAAGGAAUGAUGUUGAUAGCAAAAGAGGAGGUCCUUUAAACUCUGCAGGAAUGGAUUCAUCUUUUAAUGCUAAUCGUCAACAUAAUAAAGAUGAAAAUUUUGUUACCGAAUUUCAGAAAUAUGAAUGUGUUUCUCUUCAGCAAGAAAGGCACGGUAAUUCAGAUAUUCGAUUUGGUGAUCUUCCUGUUCCCGUUCGAUCAUCAAUUGAUGGACCGAAAGAUGAUGAACUUUAUAUUGUUCCUGAUCGUUUUGAACAAGAAAAUCAAUUUAAUAAUAAAUUGCAAAAAUCUAAAAGUGUUGAGCCUCAAUCAGUUUCAAUAAUCAAUGAGGGAUUAACCAACAUUACAAGAUUAUCAACAUAUGACAAUAAUAAUUAUUAUUUACGUAUGAGGAAGUUUAUUACUAUCGAUCGAAGUAUUUCUAAAGUUAGCACUUUUGAUCGUUAUAUUUCUAAUGCCUUUUGGAAAAAGAGGGAUUCCAGUCCUUUUUCUCAAAGGACUAAUAAAUCAUUUCCUUAUUUAUCGUAUCAACCUACGAUAGGACGCAAUUCAGCAUUUGUUACUUUAACGAAAGAACAACGUGAUGAAUUAGGCGGUAUUGAGUAUAGAGCAUUGAAAUUAUUAUGUUGGAUACUUGUUUGCUAUUAUGUUUUAAUUCAUGUUUUUGCUGCUAUUUGUUUUUUACUUUUUUCAGUUUUUGCAAAAUCGUAUAAGGAAGCCAUUAUUGAUUCAUUAGCAUCCCCUUCUUGGUGGGCAUUUUUUACUUCAGCAUCUCUUUUCAAUGAUUUCGGUAUAAAAAUAUUUAGGAUUAUAUUUUGUUUAUGCCCUUUAGGAAUGACAUUAAAUGCAACUUCUAUGGUUAAAUAUAGGCAAUCGAAUUUUGUUUUAAUUCUUGGUUCAUUUCUAAUCAUAGCUGGAAAUACUGCAUUUCCUAUUCUUUUAAGAUUUUUUAUUUGGAUAAUAACUUUUACUCUUCCGAAAAAUUCUUUACAUAGGGAGAGUUUGCAUUUUCUUCUUGAUCAUCCUAGACGAUGUUUUACCCUUCUUUUUCCAUCUAGGGUUACUUUCUGGCUUUUUGCCUUAUUAAUAAUACUUAAUAUCGCUGAUACAUUGAUUUUCAUAGCUUUAGAUUUUAAUAAUCCUUCAUUGGAAGAAAUUGGACCUACACAUCUUAAAGUUUUAAAUUGUUUAUUUCAGUCGAUUGCUACGCGCACUGCAGGAUUUACUGUUGUUAGUUUAUCAACUUUGCAUACAGCAGUUCUUGUUAGUUAUAUGUUUAUGAUGUACAUUUCUGUUUUUCCUAAAUUUAUAAUAUAUAUGAUUUUUAAUUUUGGAAAGGAAAGGUCUUUAGGAAUAUAUAGUAAUGAUGAUGAUUCUCAAAAUGCUUCAUUCGUUGGAACACAUAUAAGACAACAACUUUCUUUUGAUCUCUGGUAUAUAUUUUUAGGACUUUUUAUUAUAUGUAUUGUAGAAAACAAAAAAAUUAAAGAUGAGUCAAUUCCUAGUUUUAAUGUUUUCUCUGUAUUAUUUGAAAUAAUUUCUGCGUAUUGUACAGUCGGUCUUAGCUUUGGUUCACCUGAUAUAAAUUCAUCAUUUUCAUCAAAGUUUUCUAUUAUCGGCAAACUUGUUAUUAUUUCUCUUCAGAUUCGUGGUAGACAUAGAGGUCUCCCAUAUACUUUAGAUCGUGCUGUUAUUUUGCCAACUGAAAAAAUGGGUAGGGUUGAAGAAGAAGAUUAUCAAAGAAAAACAAAAGUUCCAGUAAUCAAUAAUGAUAAUUUAUAG